GAGAGUGACGAAGAGAGUGGGAGUUUUGUUUGUAGUUGUGCAUGUUGGGUGGAGGGAAAAUGACGACAUUAUUAAACAAACCCCGUUGAACAACAGGGAUGGCUGACUGCUAAUUUGCUAAAUCUUCUAAACCAAGUCAAAAUGGGCAGAAAAAAGUAUACGUGCAUGGUGAGGAUAGGGAUACAAAGCCAUGUGUCCGAACUUCCGGAACAAUCAUAGACAAACGGACGGCGGGAGAUGAAACCUCUGACACCCAAAAGCCGGAAGCUCCUCCUCGCAAAACCGCGUCUAUGGCUAAAUCUUUAGAUAUAUUAUGCUCUGUAACCGUACACCACCUGCUCGAUGAAAGGAGAGAAAGAAAACACCCUGACCCAUAAAAACCGAAGCCCGUACCAACUGAAUCUGAUAGAGAAAACUGGAAAAGAAGAAAACUUGGAGACUGGAGUGGAGAGGCUUAGCUUGUAGUGGAAUUCUCUCCCUCUCUAUAUUACUUAGGUGUGACGGAAGAGAGGUGGUUGGUGGUUUCAGGAGAAUAAUUUGGCUGUAUCUUUUUAAUAUAGUAGUGAUUAUGUUAUAAUUCAUACAUGUAUAUUAGAGAGAGAAAGGCAUAGUACUGUAGUAGUAGUUCUUGAGCUGGUAGAGUGCAGGUUGCUUGUUUCUGGUGAGAUCUUCAGUGUGAGGAGAAAGGUAUUUUGCUGAAGUGUGAAGAAAAAGCUAUGGCUAAUAGGUGGUGGACUGGAAAUGUAGCAAUGAAUCAGAUGGGGUCAGCUGGUGGGGGUCCAGAGCUUCAUCUUACAAGAAACAGUGGUGAAGAAGAGAAGGUUACUGGGUUGAAUAACCAUGGGCUGAUGAGAAGGGAGCAAGAUUUCAUGGCUGAUACCACCACUAACAGCAGUGAUGGGAAUGAAGGCCACGCUGAGGAGGUGAGCAGGGGCGAGCAGGAGCAGGAGCAGAACCCUGAUCCAGGGGCUCCCAGCAGCUCUGGGCGCCGCCGGCCUAGGGGGAGGCCGCCAGGGUCGAAGAACAAGCCUAAGCCUCCAGUUGUGAUAACCAAGGAAAGCCCAAACUCACUCCAUAGCCAUGUGCUGGAAAUCAGCAGUGGGAGUGACAUAGUGGACUGCAUUGCCACCUUUGCGCAGCGCUGCCACCGCGGUGUCUCUGUUUUGAGUGGCAGCGGCACUGUCACUGAUGUAACCCUGCACCAACCGACCGCCCCGGAUGGAGUGGUUACACUACAGGGAAGAUUCGAGAUAUUAUCGUUAUCGGGCGCGUUUUUGCCAGCUCCAUCGCCUCUGAGAACAACAGGACUGACAAUUUACUUGGCUGGUGGGCAGGGACAAGUGCUGGGUGGGAAUGUGAUGGGAACCCUGGUGGCUUCAGGGCCAGUGAUAGUGAUUGCUGCGACAUACAUGAAUGCAGCUUACCAAAGGUUGCCAUUGGAGGAAGAGCCAACCGACGAAGGGAUGGUGGAUGCUGGUUCUUCAGCAGCACAUUCGCAUGGCUUGGCCGAUUCUUCAUCGUCUAUACCUUUAUACAACUUACCUCCUAACGUAUUGCCCAACGCCCAACAUCCUCACGAAGCCCUUUGGCCUCCUGCUCCUCGUCCUCCAUCCUCUUAUUAAGCAUUAAUGGGAGGAAAAUAGGAGGCAGGUGAAAGAGAGGGACUUCACUGCUGUCCUUGUUGAAAACCGCUAGUUUCUCAUAUUAGCAUGGCAAAGAGGAACAACUUUAACUUUUCUUCUUUUACCCUUUUCCCCCUAUAAUCCCUUGUGAAUCACCUAAUGUUUUCUUUUCGCCUGUUUGGUUCUUGUUGUAUAAGAUGGCACAAUGUAUCAAUUUUCUUUUCCUCUUUAAGCUAUGCCUUUUUGUUCAAGUGUUUCUUCACCUUGAUGUUAUAUUGUGGCAAUGAGGAACAGUCAGAGAUGACGAAGAAGCAAUUGAAAUUGAAAUAUUUUCUUCAAACAAGGUUGGUGAACAAACGAUAUAAAUGUUUUCUUCCAAUCAACCUGUCCUAGAGAUGGGCUGGAAGUACGGGUGGGGGAAGGUUCAUCUGUAUCUAUGCUUGCUACCACUUGGAACGUUUUAGUCCAUCUCGGUAGGCCAGUCUCUGAAUUUAAGUGCAUUGAUAUGCUGGAGGAUUUUAGUCCAUUUUGGCGGGCCAAUCUCUGAUUUUAAGUGCAUUUGGUAUGAUGAUAACUUCUUUUUUGCUCGUAUCUAGCUAGUCAAAUGCUAUUCUAUGACCUUGAAAGCAUUUCAUUAUGUCCUUGUCUAAAUAUCCAUGUUAAUGGUCAUUAGAAUGAAGAUUGAUGUUCCCAUUAGCUAUAAA